AUGUCAAACCAAGAAAAUAGAACUUGUAAAGGAUGUCAUGUUCGUCAAAGCAAUGAAAAUUUUCUAAAUGAUAAAGGUGUUGCUUUAAAAAAAUGUUUGCACUGCCGAGAUAAACUUAAAAUUGCUCGUUUAAAAAAAAGUGCUGAACAAUCUGACGCAAUAAUUAAUUAUUCAGAUAUUACUGAAACUAUAUACAACCAUUUAAUUUCUCUAAAUGAUACUAAUGAACUUUAUGAAGGUGAAAAUGUGGAGUUAAACCUUGAUCUUGAUAUUGAAUUAUCAUCUUUUCUUGACUUUAUUUCAGAAAAAGAUGAGUCAAAUAAAGAAAACCUUGAAAUUGAAGUUAGCAAUCAUGUAAUAACACUUAUUUCGGAAGGUGAUGGCUAUUCAUGGGUUUAUCGGAAUAAAAAUCAAAAAAAAGACUCUCUUCAUAUAUUAUAUUAUUGCAAUUGUCGAAUUGAGCUUGGAAAAUGGCAAGUAAAGCAUCCUAUAUUAGAUAAACAAAGAGACACAUCUACCUAUUUAGAACUGCAUGUUAAUACUACGUAUGAAAUUAAAAGAUUUAUCCAGGAUAAUCUUAAUUGUCCUGUUUCAGAAAUUUGGCGCCAAAUUCGAGAAAAUCAAAUUAUUGGACAUGAAAACAUAACAGUUCAACAGACCUAUUAUUGGUGGUCUAUUCAAUCUCGUAAGGCAUACUGCCGUGACACCAAUUCUUUAUUAUCAGCAAAAUGUUUGCUAGAAGAGUUUAACCAAGAAAUUAUAGUAAAUAAUCUUAAUACUUCUGCGCCCGCUCUUGGAUUUUUAACAGAAUUGUUUUACAAAUUGAUUUACUAUAAUUUUGAAGCAAUUGAAAUCGAUGCAACUUAUGGUACCAAUAAUUUGGCAUGGGAAUUAUAUGCUAUUAUGGGUGUUAUAGAUGGUACUGGAUUUCCUCUUAGCUAUCUUAUAAUUUCAGUUGGAAAAAUUCGAAAUAUAACAGGGAUUCUUACUCAGUGGAUGCAAGCUUUAAAAGAACUAAACCUGAGAAACUUUCCUUUUAUUUUAACUGAUAAAGAUUUCUCAGAAAUCAAUGCAGCACAAACUCAACGUUUAUCAUCUAAUAAAAUUGGUACAUAUUAUUCUUAUAAUCCAAAAGUUGCACAUGAAGAAUGUUCAUCAAUUGAUCCUAGUUGGGGAAUUUUUAAUAAUUCAAAUUUGGUAUUUUGCCCUUUAAAGUUACGAAAAACUGUAAUUAGCAUUGUUGAAAAUCAUUCAAAUCGUCAUAUGUUGUUACUGAAACAUGAUGGUACCUUUAUUACAAAUGCAGACGAAAUUUGGAAAGAGUGUGUUAAAGAAAUGAUAGAAUUUUGUAAAGAAAAUGAAUUACUUCAAUUAUGGGUUUACUUGUGGAGAGAAUGCCAUAUUAAAACUACAAUGAUUGUUGAGUCACAUUGGCGACAUAUUAAACAUGAUCACUUAUACAAAUUUCUCAAGCCCAGAGUUGAUCAUUUAUGUUUUAUUCUUGUUAAAAAAGUAAUCAGCCAACAAUUAUAUCGAAUUCAAUUACUUCAACAAGGUCGCUAUUCAGUACCAUGGCGGAAAGAGUUUAAAAAAGAAUGGAAGCAACAUGAAAAAAAAACCACACAAUUAAAUGGCAAAUAUUUUACAGAUUCAACAAAAUGGAUAUGUGCAUGUCCUGCAUAUAUUCAAAGCCGUUUUUUUUUGUGUAAACAUCUAGUUAAUUCUGUUCAAAAAGUUGAUGCAAUAUUCUUUAAAAAAGUGCAAAGAAAUGGAAAUUAUCCAUUAAUUUCAUCCUAUGAAGGUGAACUGGUAAAUGUAUUUGGUAUGGAAGCUCCUCAAAAUUAUAAAGUUUCAAAUAUUUUAUUGAUCCAAAAUUCGAUUACUGAGAAUGAAGAUGAUUAUAUUAUCGAAAGUGAUAAUGAAGAACAACAAACAUAUGAAACUGAUUUUGCUUAUUUAUGCGAAGUAUUAGAUAAGGCUAAAGAAUUGUUAAAAGAAUCAUAUAACAAACCAAAACGGCAUCUAUGGUUAAAAAAUGUUCGCAAGAAUUUCAGAUUGUUGGAAAAGAUGAAUAAUGAUAUUAAAGCACUAGAAAACCGUCGAACAAUGCCAAAAACAUGGAAAAACUUUAACAAAAAUACAAUGUAUUGGGAAUAA